GAGAAGCGCGGCGGGCGCCGCUCCCCAAAUGGCAGGGUGCAGAGCGUCAGCGGCCGCGGCGCUAAUUACGCCGUGUCCCUCGGCCGUGUCCCCGUGUCCCUCCGUCCUCGCCAUGCUCACCUGUGCCAGGUUCAUCUCGGCUCCUGCUCUGGUGAGCCGGCUGUGCCCGCAGGUGCGGAGGAGCCCGCGGGCGGGGCUGGGGCAGCCCCUGGCAGCGCUGAGCGGCCCCGAGGCGCGGCCGGAGCAGGUGCGGGCGCUGCGCACCAGCGCUGCCCUCGGGGACAUCGACACGGCCGCCAAGUUCAUCGGGGCCGGCGCCGCCACCGUGGGGGUGGCGGGGUCCGGGGCGGGGAUCGGCACCGUGUUCGGGAGCCUCAUCAUCGGCUACGCCAGGAACCCGUCGCUGAAGCAGCAGCUCUUCUCCUACGCCAUCCUGGGCUUCGCACUCUCCGAGGCCAUGGGGCUCUUCUGCCUCAUGGUGGCCUUCCUCAUCCUCUUCGCCAUGUGACCGCGGGCGGUGGCAGCCAAUAAAGACGGUUGGGUGACA